AUGUCCGACUUGAAAUUGGCUCUCCCCGGUAUUCCAAAACAACCCCAGUUAAUCCCCGUUUUGACGUUUAACCUCAAAUUGGUUUCCGAUCCAGUACCAAUUUUCACCAACUCACAAAUCGACAAGUCCUUGUCGUUGGCAACAAUUUCUACUGGUGAAAUCAAGACUGUUGAAAAUGACCUCGGAUUGAAAUUGGAGAUUGGAGAAAUUUACGGCACCGAUGACUUGAAUGUGAAAACUUCAGUCAAUACAUCUUAUUUGGAUUGCAAAUUGUAUGGCAAAACACCAAAUGGUUCAGGCGUGUUUGUCUACUAUGGAGGUAGGGUUCAAUUAGAUGACACUUCUGUUGGUGUGCUUUCGAACAAAAACAAGGAGGCAUCUAUUGAAGAAAGUUACGUCACUUGUAACCCAACAUUUACCUUUGACGACUCGGUCGAGGAGGAAUACAAAUGGGUUUUGAAAGAAAAUUUGAUCGGUAAGGGAAGAUUCGGUAGAGACGAUAACGGUGACCUUUAUGUUCAAUAUUAUAUCUAUGUCAUUCGAUAA